CACACUGUGGCCGCGAUUACCAAAUUUCUAAUCUGUAGAUUAGGUUCGUACCGACCAAACUUUGGCAUCGUCUUCCAUCUAUCAACAACUUCAGAGCAGCAUCAUGCCGCCCCAAAUAAAACAAGAUCUCAACCGCUCCGGCUGGGAGUCGACGGACUUCCCGUCGGUAUGCGAAAACUGCCUACCGCCGAACCCAUACGUCAAGAUGCUUAAAGAAGACUACGGCGCCGAAUGCAAGAUCUGCACGCGACCCUACACCGUGUUUUCGUGGUCCGCCGACCGAGCCCACGGCCGCAAGAAGCGCACAAACGUCUGUCUCACAUGCGCCCGUAUGAAGAACUGUUGCCAAUGUUGCAUGCUCGACUUGCAAUUCGGCUUGCCCAUACAACUACGUGACGCCGCCCUCAAGAUGGUUGCGCCCGGUCCCCAAAGCGAAGUCAACCGCGAGUACUUCGCUCAGAACAACGAGAAGGCCCUAGAGGAGGGACGAGGCACUGAGGAGUACGAGAAGACCGACGAGAAGGCGCGAGAACUCCUACGAAAGCUAGCAAACAGCAAACCUUACUUUCGAAAAGGCAGGGCCAUUGAGGAUGGGAGUGCGACCGAAGCAAAACCCAGCGGCAGCUCGACAGGAGGUGACCCAGCGGUUGGAGCUGGUGUUGGUGGACCUGGGCCCAUACGAACUCGCGACUCUAGGGCAGCGGUGGCGGCAGGCGCUAGGCCCGGCGCAAGACAAGGAAGAGGAGGCAGACCAUUCCCGAGCGCGUCGCAAUUACCGCCCGGUCCUAAGGACUGGAUGCCACCCUCUGAUAAGUCUAUCAUGAGUCUGUUCGUAACAGGUGUCGAGGAUGACCUUCCCGAAUUCAAGAUCCGUGACUUCUUCAAGGAGCAUGGAAAGAUCAAGUCGUUGAUCUGCAGUCACAUGUCGCACUGCGCAUUUAUCAACUACGAGACGAGAGAGGCCGCCGAGAAAGCUGCGGCGGCUUGCCAAGGCCGGGCGGUCAUCGCGGGAUGUCCGCUACGAGUACGGUGGAGUUUACCUAAGGCUAUCGGGACAAUGAACAAAGAAGAGAGAGCAACGAUGGCCAGAGAUGGACGUUCGGCGUUUCCAGACCAGCGGCGACAGAACGGUCCUAAGGCGAUCGGAGCUGCCCCAGGCCAAGGCGGGUCGGAACAGGCUGGAGGUGCGCAGCAGGAUCUCGAUAAUAUGUCCCUUCUCGCAGCGCCGCCAGGAGCAGAAGACGUCAAUUAUGCUAGUCUGGCUGGAGACUAAAGCAGAGGAGGCGAUUCAUUGCAUGGAGGGCGUUUGGGCAUUAUGAUUACAAAAGGGUUUCGGGGAGAUAUUGAUGGUCAUUACGCAUAGCCACCUAACGAGCGGCGAUGAUGUUUCUUCGUACGCGGAGGGUAUCAUAGUAUAAUACAAUGCUUGACGGGCUCGAUCAUUCCAGUCCCUGUCAUCUAUCGGUACACUUCUUUCCGUCGAUCUUGACCGUCUUGCCGCCGGGGAAUUUCACCGUGUCAUUGUCCCCGCGUUCGGUGUCUUUGUGUAUCCGUAGCUCUACACAUGAUAUUAGACGGAGAAUCAACAACCAAUCCUUUCAUUAUGCGACGUACCAUAUCUGUCACCCUUUUUCCUGCCCUGAACUAGGUUUUGGCGUAAUAUAGUAGCGACAUCGUUGGCGACUUUUAUAGCGUCUGGUACGUCCGCAGGUUCUAUUGAGGCCUUUUCCCUGAAGCUUUCACGUAUCGAGUUUCGCGCAGCAACUAAUCGCACUUGAUCACCUAUUU